AUGGGCGCCCGCGCCCUCGCCGCCGCCCUUGCGGCCGUCCACCUGCUAUCCGCGCACCCCGCGGCCGCGGUCCUCAACUCCCCGGGCUUCAACGUGCCCCGCAGCGUCGACGCCGCGCUGCGGCGGUCGACGCCUGCGUUCAACCCCGACGUGGAGGCGCUGCAGAAGCGGAUGGAGAACAUUGCCUUCCUGCUGCGCAUCCCGCAGCGCAAGCCCUGGGGCAGCAUGGCGGCCGACAUAGAAGCCAGCCUGAAGCUGUUCGAGGACAGGCCCCGCCUGCUGCGCGGCGUCCCGCUGUCGCAGCUGGCAGUCGGGGAGGCGCUCCUGGACGACGCUGCGGCGCGGCUGAAGCAGCUUGAGCUGGCGGUGCGGACGCAGCAGCCGGACUUCGCUGGUGUGAGGGUGUCCGACGUGCUGAAGGCAGUGGCGCGGCUGGAAGUCCUGCAGGCACCUGGACUCCCUUACACCCUGCCCAAGGACCUGGCCUCCACCUACCCCCGACUGGCGGGCCGCGCCAUCGUCCGGCUGACGCUCGAGAAGAGCGACGGGGCGCUCGCGUUCGUGGACGCCAAAGCUGGCGGCCUGACUAAGCAGGGCGUGGUGGAGCUGACCCUGGAUGGCUACAGCGCCCCGAUUUCUGCGGGCUAA